GCCACACUUCCAUGCUCCAACUGGUCAGUUGCUUUCCUCCCUGCUUGCUAUGGCUCGCACGAAGCAGACCGCUCGCAAGUCCACCGGCGGCAAGGCCCCGCGCAAGCAGCUGGCCACCAAGGCCGCCCGCAAGAGCGCCCCGGCCACCGGCGGCGUGAAGAAGCCCCACCGCUACCGCCCCGGCACCGUGGCCCUGCGCGAGAUCCGGCGCUACCAGAAGUCGACCGAGCUGCUGAUCCGCAAGCUGCCGUUCCAGCGCCUGGUGCGCGAGAUCGCGCAGGACUUCAAGACCGACUUGCGCUUCCAGAGCUCGGCCGUCAUGGCCCUGCAGGAAGCCUGUGAGGCCUACCUUGUGGGUCUGUUUGAGGACACGAACCUGUACAUGUCUGGUCGCGGCAAGGGAGGGAAAGGCCUCGGGAAAGGCGGCGCCAAGCGCCACCGCAAAGUCCUGCGCGACAACAUCCAGGGCAUCACCAAGCCCGCCAUCCGCCGCCUGGCCCGGCGUGGUGGAGUGAAGCGCAUCUCCGGCCUCAUCUACGAGGAGACCCGCGGUGUGCUGAAGGUGUUCCUGGAGAACGUGAUCCGCGACGCCGUCACCUACACGGAGCACGCCAAACGCAAGACCGUCACCGCCAUGGACGUGGUCUACGCGCUCAAGCGCCAGGGCCGCACCCUCUACGGCUUCGGCGGCUGAACCUUUUUAUUUGUAUUUUCUUACUUUC